AUUGACGUUCGCUUGUUAUUGUUGAUGUUCAGUGAAUAAUAAUUUUGUGAAUAAAAAUUACAGUUUACAGUGACUUUGUAAUCCGAAAAGAUGAAGGCUGAGGUCGCGUCUUCUUCGGAGAAACCCAAAAUCCCUUUGCCGACUCUUUCUCAAAUAAACGCUGACCGUAUUACUCAGCUCGCAAACCAGUACUGGUCGCCACAAACUGAGGAAAGCCACUUGCCUUACGAUGCUGCUAUUGUGGAGUCAAUCUACCAAGCAGAAAUCCUUGGAUCAAAUUUCUCGGUCCGGCGUAUCAUGAUGCUGGAGUUCUCGCAGUACUUGGAGUGCUACCUGUGGCCGCAGUACCGCGCCGGCGCGUCGCGCGCGCACAUGAUGUCUAUCAUAGUCAUGAUCAACGAGAAGUUCCGAGAGAGAGUGCCCGCUUGGCAGGCAUUUCUCAAGAAACCGGAGCACUUCCCCGCUUUCUUCGAACAAGUGCUGCGAGCCAGCGUGGCCGAGGACAACGAGAGCCGCAACAUGAGAGAACAGACAGCUCUGCUUCUCUUCCUGAACCAUUGCUUCGGAAGCAUGGAGGUCCAGCUGUGCCGAGACCAGGUCAAGAGGCUGGUGUCCCUGAGCAUGUGGAUCAGCUUACAAGAAGGUCGGAGAAAUCAAGAAUUCAAAGCCGUGCCAAAAUGGAAGAAAUACUGGAAAGCGAUUCAGAAGAAAGACAAACCAGAGCUUUUAGAGAAACUGAACUGGGAGAGGAGAUACCUACAGAGGCUCAUGAUAAAGUUCAUGAAUAUCCUGGAGACAGUGCCGGGGGAAGGAGACGUGGAUCCUAAUGUUGUGAGGUACUGCGAGCGGUUCCUGGAGCUUAUGAUAGAUCUGGAAGCGCUGUUGCCAACUCGCCGGUUUUUCAACACGGUCAUGGACGACUGCCACCUCGUCGUGCGUUGCCAGCUCGCACCGCUGACGAGAAGACCUGAGGGGCAGCUGUUCUCACAGUUGCUGCAAAUGCUCAAGUUUUACACUCGUUUUGAAAUCAGCGAUGAAACAGGGGACCCCCUCACGGAUCGAGACAUGACUCUGCUCCACUACUCAAGAAUAACCUCACUACAGAAGGCAGCAUUCGCAAAAUUCCCCGACUUGCGGUUAUUCGCACUCGCCAAUGUUGCCAGCGUCGACACUCGAGACUCGUUGUACAAGCACUUCGGCAGCUUGAGCGACAAAGCGCUACGAGCUAUAGCUACGCACCUGAACCUGGUGCCUCCGGAGGGGAAGGAGCACGAAGCUCCUCAUUAUCGAGUCGACAAGGAGUUCCUCAAGGAGUUGCUGAUCUCCCGGCAUGAGCGCCGUAUAUCCCAGCUGGAAGAACUAAACUCGAUGCCAUUGUAUCCCACCGAGGAAGUGAUCUGGGACGAGAACGUAGUUCCCACGGAGAUAUACAGCGGCGAGAACUGCCUCGCACUGCCGAAGCUUAACCUGCAGUUCCUCACACUACACGACUAUCUGCUGAGGAACUUCAAUCUGUUCCGAUUGGAGAGCACAUAUGAAAUAAGACAAGACAUUGAGGAUGCAGUAUACAGAUUGGCUCCGUGGCGAGCUGAAGAUGACAGCGUAUAUUUCGGCGGCUGGGCGCGCAUGGCGCACCCGAUCCAAACAUUCGCCGUCGUGGAAGUCGCCAAGCCAAACAUCGGUGACAAAGCGCCUUCGCGGGUGCGCGCCGACGUUACCGUCGCUCUCAGUGUGCGAAACGAAAUUAAACACGAGUGGGAGAGUCUUCGGAAACAUGACGUCUGCUUCCUGAUCACUGUCCGACCCACACAGGGCAUAGGUACAAAAUAUGACUAUCGGAAAAGCAUGGUGGAACAAGCAGGCAUAGUUUACGUGCGAGGGUGCGAAGUGGAGGGGAUGCUUGACGCGGCGGGGCGUGUCAUUGAGGAGGGGCCCGAGCCUCGCCCGCAGCUUGACGGCGACUCCCGGACAUUCCGGCUGCUGCUAGAUCCUAACCAAUACCGGCUUGAUUUGGACCGGGCCAGUAAGGGGAAAGAGGAUGUGUACGAAACGUUCAACAUUGUAAUGCGCCGAAAGCCGAAGGAGAAUAACUUUAAAGCCGUUCUGGAGACGAUCAGAGAACUGAUGAACACGGAAUGCGUGGUCCCGGAGUGGCUGCAUGAUAUCGUGCUGGGAUAUGGAGAUCCGGGGCAAGCACAUUAUACAAGGAUGCCCAAUGAAAUCCCGACGUUGGAUUUCAAUGACACGUUUCUGGAUAUGGAACACUUGAGAAACAGUUUCCCGGGCUACGAGGUCAAAGUGAAGACCGACGAUCCAAGGAAACUAGUCAGACCCUUCAAAGUUACCUUCGAGAACGUUCUCCGUAAGCAAGAACUUGGCGAUAAUGCAAUGGACGAAGACGAGGAAAUUAAAUCUAUCAUCGUGGAACCACACGUGCAACCGAAACGGGGGCCAUACUUGUACAAUGAGCCCAAAAAGAACAACAUCUUAUUCACGCCAACCCAACUGGAAGCCAUACGCUCGGGAAUGCAGCCCGGGCUGACGCUAGUGGUCGGCCCGCCAGGAACAGGAAAAACUGACGUAGCCGUACAGAUAAUCUCCAACCUGUACCACAACUUCCCAUGGCAGCGGACUCUUGUGGUGACUCACAGUAACCAGGCGCUCAAUCAGCUCUUCGAGAAGGUCGCAGAGCUGGACGUUGAUGAACGGCAUCUGCUGCGUCUGGGUCACGGAGAAGAGGCGCUGCAGACUGAUAAAGACUUUUCAAGAUACGGCCGAGUGAACUACGUGUUGGCCAAGCGUCUGGAGCUGCUAGAGGUGGUGGGUCGACUGCAACGCACCCUUGACGCCGGGGGAGACGCGGGGGCCACGUGCGAACUGGCCCAUCACUUUCACGUGUACCACGUGCGGCCCCGGUGGCAAACCUUCACUGACGCUGUACAGCGGGAGAAGACGAAGUCUGUGGAGACCAUAAGUAAAGAGUUCCCGUUCCAUGAGUUCUUCGACGAUGCCCCAAAACCUCUGUUUCCCGGGAAGUCAUAUGAUGAAGACCUGGAAAUCGCUCUUAGCUGCUACAGAUACAUCAACCACAUCUUCGAAGAGCUGGAAGAGUUCCGAGCAUUUGAGCUGCUUCGCUCAGGCUUGGACCGAUCCAAGUACCUUCUAGUCAAGGAAGCAAAGAUCAUAGCCAUGACAUGUACUCAUGCUGCGUUGAAGCGCUCAGAGCUCGUGCAGAUGGGUUUCAAAUACGACAAUAUCCUAAUGGAAGAGUCCGCCCAAAUCCUCGAGAUAGAAACAUUCAUCCCGCUCCUACUGCAAAAUCCUCAAGACGGACGCUCGCGGCUCAAGCGCUGGAUCAUGAUCGGCGAUCACCACCAGCUGCCGCCCGUCGUCAAGAACAUGGCCUUCCAGAAGUACUGCAACAUGGAGCAGAGCCUGUUCACGCGCAUGGUGCGCCUGGGCGUGCCCUAUGUGGAGCUGGACGCGCAAGGCCGCGCGAGGCCUAGCAUUUGCAACCUUUACCGUUGGCGGUACCGCGCGCUGGGUGACUUGGGCCACGUGACCCGACUGCCUGAGUACCGCGCAGCCAACGCCGGGCUCCGAUACGACUUCCAGCUGGUCAACGUGGAGGACUUCAAUGGGGCUGGCGAGACUGAGCCCAGUCCGUACUUCUACCAGAAUUUGGCCGAGGCAGAGUACGUCGUGGCAGUAUUCAUGUACAUGCGGAUCAUCGGCUGGCCAGCGGAGAGGAUAUCCAUCCUGACCACGUACAACGGCCAGAAGCACCUCAUUCGGGACGUCAUCGACAAGCGCUGCGCCGAUAACCCCCUCAUCGGUCGACCUCAUAAGGUGACGACGGUGGACAAGUACCAGGGACAGCAGAACGACAUAGCGCUGGUGUCGCUGGUGCGCACGAAGGCCGUGGGCCACGUGCGCGACCUGCGGCGUCUCAUCGUGGCCGCGUCGCGCGCCCGACUGGGGCUGUACAUCUUCGCGCGCGCCAACCUGUUCAGGAACUGCUUCGAGCUGCAACCCACCUUUAACCAGUUGGUGGCGCGACCACUGGAGUUAGUGCUAGUCCCGGGCGAGCGCUACCCGGCGCAGCGCGCGGCGGGCGCGGCCGUGCCGCAGGAGCUGUCGCUUGUCGCACGCGACAUGCCGCACAUGGCGCGGUUCGUGUACGACAUGUACCUAGAGCGAGUGCGGGACCACCAGCGACAAGAGCAGUCACAGCAGAGCUGGUCGGCGCCAGGCACGGCGCGCGCGGCCAAGUCGCGCGAGCCGCGACACUUCGUGCCGACGCACCCCGGCGCAGACGACGACGACGACUUCCAGCCCACGCAGAUCGUCAACGAGGUCGAUGAACCCGAGCCCAACUAGACCUGACAUGAGCGGAGACUACACCCACGAAAGGCGAGGUACCUAUUGUGGGGCCAAAAUCAACGUGCUUGCAAACAAUGAUAUUAUAGGCUACUUUCCUACUAGUCAAAUCAGCUUCUUUUUUACAACUGUCAAAACGAUUUGCUAAUAUAGAAAUUAUAUGAAAACGAAUGUAGUGACGUCACGGUAAACUCACCUACUUAUUAUAUUUCAAUCCGAUUUAUUAAAUACAAAUUGAGUUUAAAACUAGCUGCUUUCUAUGUUUUUCUUACGAGUAUAAUUAUCUGGGGCUUUAUUUCGUGCACAGUUUGAAAUAAUUUAUUUUAAGCACAGGAACCAUCCCUAUACACAGGUUAUAGCCGUUCCAAAAUUGAAGCGUUUGUACAAAUUGUACAGUUGCGUUGGUGCAAGCUAUAAAUGUGAACACUGCACGACGCACGUUCUAACGAAUCCCCGCACACCGAAAGAGAAAGAGACAAGCUUAUGUUCAAUUUAUGUGUAAUAAUGAUUAAUGGUAUGCGAAAUUCAUUCAUAGGUAACAAAAUACUUUCCUCGUAUUCGAAAUUAAAAGUAGUGUUUAACUCGGGUGAAAGGCAUCAGCCUCGGACUAUUGGCGCUCUCACUGCGUUCGAGCGGCAAACUACCUCGGUAAAAGUGAGUGCCUUUCAUCCCUUAUGCUCUAGUUUCCUAGGAUAGCGGUGCCGUCAUAUACUUAGCGGCCGUCUCCAUACAAAUACUACGACAUCCAUAUUUAGCCGUAUUAUUUAGUAUGGAGUCGGCCGCUAUAUGACGGCACCGCUAUCCUAGGAAUACCGAUCUUUAGUUAACAAUCUACUAUUGUGCUCCUUCCUUAUGUAUUAGUAUAAUCUGUGUAUAGUUAUAUAAUAUCAUUGGCUUACAAAGUCAUAAUGUCAUAAAUCAAUACUAAAACUAAGCUAGCCGUCUCACUUGCACUCGCGGUCUCUAAAGAUGCGUGUUGCAGCAUUCUCAUUUUAAUCUUAUUGCUCUAUCGGCACGUUGCAUUUGGCCUCACAAUAGUUCAAUUAUACCAGGCAAAUCCACUCCAAAUAUCGACACAUUUAGUACCAAAUAUAAUAACUGAACGGCCUUACGCUGGUCGCCACCAUUGGAGCGUCCAAUCAUAUUGUACCCUGAGGCAUAGACCAUUCCGUUUUCUAAAGUAACUGUUGCAUGGUUACUAAAAUGUUGCUGUAUUGUAAGUACUGUUAAUUCAGUGAAUUUCAUAUUUGUAUCUGAGUGAAAUGUAUCUUGUAAUUUAAGAUUAAGUAAAUAAACAUCGUAAUUUUU